CCUCUGCUCCACGGAUAGGGACAUCAUGGCCGCUCGCAUUGUCUCCGCAUGAUUUCGUUUAGCCUAUUAUUUAGACAUCGCCUCUCUCACCAGUUCGAAGGCUGCUUGGUAUCACAAGAAACAGCGAGACUGAUGUGAAACAUUAUAGGUGAUGAGCAUACAUUGAAAAGGGAGGUGAGUGGCCGGUGGAAUAAAUCUGUUUAGCUGAGGACGAAAACAUAUAUAUUUUAAACACAAGAAAUGCAUUUUCACUCUUCCCUUCCCAACAAAAAUGCGUGAACCUGACGAGGAUACUGAACCUACAGAGGAACCGUCUCCUUCCACAUCAUCUACGGUUCCUCCUCUUUCAGAUCUCUUCAAUCAGUGCAGAUGGAGCCUGAGUGCAGAGAGCAUCAUCUUUGUGAUUCUUUACUUCCCAAUUGGAGUUGUUUUGAGUGUGAUACGAAUCUUCAUCUGUUUUCACGUCUACAUUGCUGCCUGUCUUCUGCCAAGAAAUUCCCUUGUCCGGACUGUGGUCCUUCGUUGGAUGUGGAGUGUUCUUGGACUUGUCAUCAGGAAGGAUGAUUCUCUUGUGAAGGGGAGUCAUUCUCAUGACCCACCUCGACUCUAUGUUGCUAAUAACAUCUCAUCUUUGGAUCCCCUUGUCACCCAUCUGGCUAUUGAUGCAUCCUCAGUGGAGCGUGGCCUCUUUCCCACCUGGUUUUUGUAUGCAUAUGGGUAUGGGUAUGAUCAUAAGACCUUUGAAGACAGCACAGCUUCUAUUGCCCUAUAUCCAGAAGGAAUCCCAACAAAUGGGAAAGUUGGCCUCCUUCAAUUUGUGCAAAGGGGUCCUACAAAGGAGUGGCUCUUGAGUGAAGCAAGCAAACAAGGAAUUCAGCCUUUAGCUCUCAGUGUGGAGAGGCUUUUGCCCUUGAGCGUCUCUGUUGUCGGUAGUGCAUGGUGGAUUGACCUGUAUUGGCUGUUCUUCUCACCAGUCACAAUCUUUCAUAUUAAAGUGCUGCCAGUGAUUUGGAGAAAUCCAGGACAAGGAAAGGCAGAAGAGGGGCUUCUAGAACAUACUCGUACUACUAUAGCUAAAGCCCUCAAUCUUCAACUCACUCCUCAUACCCAUCAUGAUUAUGUAGAGUGGAUGAAACGAAGGACUGUUGGAGAAUACCAAUCUGUAGUUAACAGCCUGCCUCCUGAGCUGUCAUUGGCUGUAAUGCGUAUCAAGGAGAUACUCCCUUCUGUUCCCUUGGCUGUGAUUGUCAAUGAUAUUAGGAGGACAGGGAGUGCUGAUGAAACAAUUUCUCAUUUGGUUGAUGGUACCAUCCCAUAUACUCCUGAGAAUAUGACAUCAAAGCAUCCUUCCCCUGCAGUUUCUCAGCUUUCGUCUACUUCUUCCUCAACCUCAAUGGGAGAGAGGAGUGGGGUAAGGGAAUCCUUUGGCCGUACACCCAAGAUACGUAUGCAGUCGUUUGAAGAAAGGAAGAGAGAACUUCUGGAAUGUGCCAGGCGAAAGUAUAUUCAAAAGCAUGGACUCAAGUUUCCUCCUUUACAGCUGGAGAGUGAAUGAAAUCUACCCCUCUUGUCCAUCUACAGUAUUUAAGGAGCAACGCAUCUCUGUCUGCUGUACCAGAAAAGCAGGAAACUGUCCAACAUGUUAUUUUGCAUGUAUGGACCAGUGCCUCCCUAGUGUCUCAAGCUUUGAAAGUCAUUGGGCUCAUUUCUUAUAUAGCAUUUGUAGUAGCUGGU